AUGCAAGCAAAAGAAGUAGGAACACGGCCGUUGCGUUCUGGCAUCAAAAUAAUCAAAGACAGAAAAGACAGAAAGCCUGCAAAGAAACCAGAUUACACAUACCCCGAAGCACAUAAGAAAGGCCGAAAAAGAGCAAGCCAAAGCGAAGAUGAAGCAGCCAACAAAAAAAAGGAGGACAAAGAUACAUACCUUCAGUUGCACAUGUAUGAGGUCUACAACAGGCUGGAUGAAAUAUCAAAGAAGAAGUUGGAAAAUUACUGGAAAUCUGCAUCUGAUUCUGAGGAGGACGCUUUUUACCUACAAAAUAGGACAAUAUUGUACAAACAUAACAUUGAAAAGCUGAUGGGAGAUGGUCCAAUUUCUGCACUAAUCAUCGAUGCUUAUGGAGAGGCACUUAAUGAUGAUGCGAAGCAGAACCCUCAGAAACAGAAAAAUGCAUAUUUGUCCGCCAAUAACUAUAUGUUUUUGCGAGGUGCCUCACACAAGCUGACAUAUCAUGCUUUCUAUAUGCCACUCCUAGAAAAUAUUGGAAGAGUUGAUAGAGUGUUCAUACCAAUUACAGAUGAGAACCACCAUACGCUGCUUGUCUUUGACACCGGUGCAGCAAAAUGGACACACUUCAACUCAUUCAGGGGGACAUCAGAACAAACUCUCCAAUAUUAUCACAAGAAGGCAAUUGUUUUGGUUGAGACAGCAAAUAUAUUCCUCUGUCUUCUUAAGGAAUGUGCUGCAGUAUCACUGAAAACAAAACUCGUCCAAAUUCCUGAUUUUGAUGCCAAGAAGCCGAGAGGGCUUAAUGAAGCUUCAGCUAGAAUGAUAACAAAAAUACUUGCCAGCAACGAACUUACACCAGAAUAUGCUCAGACAAUGAAGUAUCUGAUUUGUCAUGAUACUACUAACUUCAAGCUGACUGAGAACAGAGAAUGUCCCCAACAAGCAAACAAUUCCAAUGAUUGUGGCGUCUUUGUCAUGCACUUCAUGAAGCAGCUUUCCAAAGACCAACAAAUAGAAUCAGAUUUCAACAAAGAAAAGGUCUGGCAAAUGAGAAAAGAAGUCCUCAUGAAAAUUAUGAGCAAUGAAAGAAGUUGGAUUUCCAUCAAAGAAAGAGAAGAGAGAAAUGCAAAAUAA